AUGGCAUCACCUCUUCGCCUUCAUAACGUUACUCAGUGCUCAGCAUGUAUAAGGAGCUACCUCACAGCUGGAUUCGGCGAUCUGGUGAACCCGCCAACAGCAGCUUUUAGACAGCAGAUUAGGGGAAAGAAGAAGCUUGCCAACACAUCGAGUACUGUGCCUGUGAGAUUACUGAAGGAUAUGCGGACAUUCGGACGACGAGGCUCAAUUGUCCCAAUCUCCCCAGGCCAAAUGCGCAACGAAUGGUUUCCACGCCGCGUCGCCGAAUACGUCACCGUCACCGAACAGAAGUCUCUCCGUCUACGAAACGUAGCAGUCGAGCGGGACUUUGAUUUUGGUCUUGCUGGAAAUAUACCUCUUCCAGCAGCUACGAGCUCGUCCAUUGGUGGCAUGACUCGAAGCGAGCAGCAAGAAGCGAGCAUGUUCCAACGUGCGCCUGUAGAGACUGCUCGGUUGAGCGCAGAACGAUGCAGAGAGUUGAUCGAGCUCUUCGUACCUUCUCGACUGGACUUCUUCAGACAGCCAAUUCUAGAAGAGAAGGAAGCCGAGCCCGAACCCGCGCCAGCCCCUGAAUUGAAGAAGUCGUCGCGAUCUUUGGGUCUGGGUGCGGGUGCGGAGUUGAUGGCUGCACGAGCACAGUCGCAAGCUGAGGCAAAGCUCCCGAAGCCGAAAAUAGCGUCUGGACCACAAGCGAUUUAUGGGAGUGUGAGCACACAUGAUGUCCUAGUCGCUGCCCGUGAGCAGAUGGCCAGGAACGAUGAGGCAAAGAUGGUUGCCUUUAGGGAGGAGGACAUCAGAUUUGUGGAGUUGCCAGCAGAGUCCGAAGCGGAUCGGGUGAAGUUCGUGGGCGAUUAUGCUGUUGAGGUUAGGUGUAAGGGUGUGGACGAGGCGAAGAGGGUUGUUGUGAGGGUCAUUGGGCAGGAAGUUGCAUAG